UGCACCGUGUCAGUUAACAUUGAAACAAAAGUGGUGUAGUCGCUGCCGGGGCGGCUCGCUGCCAGCUGUCUCCGACAUGGAGCCUGUGGCCAGCAACAUCCAGGUCCUGCUACAGGCGGCCGAGUUCCUGGAGCGACGCGAGAGAGAGGCAGAGCAUGGCUACGCGUCCCUGUUCCCGCACCGCAGUCCGGUCCCGGUCUACAGGAGGAGGAAGCGACCCCUGCAAGCUCCGGGCACGCUGGACAGUGGGCGGUCUGUGCACAAUGAGUUGGAGAAACGCAGGAGGGCCCAGCUGAAGCGAUGCCUGGAGCAACUAAAGCAGCAGAUGCCCCUGGGGGCUGACUGUGUCCGAUACACCACGCUGAGCCUGCUGCGCCGAGCCAGGAUGCACAUCCAGAAGCUGGAGGAGCAGGAGCAGCAGGCCCGGCGGCUCAAGGAGAAGCUGCGCAGCCGGCAGCAGAGCCUGCGGCAGCAGCUGGAGCAGCUCCAGGAGCUGCCCAUGACCGUGGAGCGGGAACGGCUGCGGGCAGACAGCCUGGACUCUUCUGGCUUGUCCUCGGAACGCUCGGAUUCUGACCAAGAGGAGCUGGAAGUGGAUGUGGAGAGCCUGGUGUUUGGGGACGAGAUCGAGCUGCUGCGGGGCUUCAGCGCUGGCCAGGAGCACAGCUACUCACACCGCUCCGGCACGUAGCUGUAAUGCUCAUGGUGAGAACACCUUCCCACUGGACUGAGCCUGCCAGGCGGCUGCUCAGAGCUGCCUGUCGGGGGACUUAAAGGACCCUUGUGUGGAAACAGGUUUUCCCUGUGCACAGCUUGGGCUGGGCCAAUACCACUCCUCCCCACCAGGCAUUUUAUGUAGCACUUGGUUCUGCUCUGGUGGUGGUAGGGGGGCAGGACACUCAUUAAGAUACUCAUGUCCCUUCUGGGACAAGGACCCUGGCUAUUGCCCCACACAUACUGUACAGUGUUUUAAUUAAAUUCUCUUUCACAACUUCC